AUGGCCAGUCAGGUGAAUUUGGAACAACUUUCGCAGCAGUACACGAAACUGCAGUCGGAUCUGUCUGAUCUGGUGCGGGCCAGACAGAAGCUCGAGACGCAGUUCCAGGAGAACAAGAUCGUCAAGGAGGAGUUCGAUAGACUCGACGACGACGCCAAGAUCUACAAGCUUGUGGGGCCUGUUUUGCUGCCGCAGGACAACUCCGAGGCGAAUUUGAACGUGGACAAGAGAAUCGAGUUUAUCACAGGCGAUAUUGCUCGGGUGGAGGAGAAAAUACAACAACAUCAAAAAGAUCUUGAAAAUAUACAGAGUAUUUUGGUGAACGCGCAAACGGCCUAG